AGAAGAACGAACAAGAAGGCAGGGAUCUUAAAAAUUACGUGGCUACGAACAGCUUUCAUAAAUUGACUGUACACUUUUUUUUGCAAACACACUCAGUUUAAACCAGUUAAAAUACUGUUUAGUCAUGAAAAUAGUGUUUAGGUUUGUCAGUAUAGAGAAUAAUACAGAAAAUGGCACAUUUUACGCUGUAUUUGUGAUUGGUAAUGACGCAGUGGUCCCUAAAUCGCAUGUUUGCUUCCACAACACAAGCUAAGUAAUUUAUUUAAAGAUACAACGCUGUUUCAUGCAGAAUGGGUGGAUUUAAAGAUGCAUACCAAGAUGUGCAGCCAGUAACCCUUCGACUUGCAGAAGAAAAUGUCAUUUCCAGUCUCUACUGCAGCUCAGCCGAGGGCAUUGAAGCUCACGUGUCCACUUUAGUGGAAGCUUUCUUAGUUGAAGUGUACAGAUGUAGAGUCUGUCAAUUUACCAGUAGCCAAAAAGCCAAGAUUAGCCAUCAUGUCUUGGAAAGACAUGAUCCAGUGUCUCCAUGUCCCCAUCUGCCAUGUCUGGAGAAAGAGGAUGAAGAGAGUUUGGGUGUAGAAAUGAGGGUUGAUGAUGAUGAAGAGGAGGUUGACCACAACAGCUCUCCAUAUAACCUAGAGAGUGAACUCCAUUCUGGCUUAAAAAGCAGCGAUGAUCAGAUGGACAUCGAGCGCAUGUCUUUCCUCCUUCCGAUGUACGGCAUGUUUCAAAACAUUAGCCCACGGUCAUGUGACAUUGGCUUGGGCUCCAACUCUGAUGGAAACUUGCACGUGGCGCAGACUUGUGAGGUAAGCACGCUUUUUGAGGAGGAUAGGCAUGAUGAGGACAGCGAGGAGGAACCUGUGUUUCAGCUGGAGGAUGCCAACACAGAUCUGGCCGUUCCUUUGAACAGUGGAAUGGACACAGAAAUCCAGGAUGAAGAGAUGGCCCAGUCGGCUCAUCUCAUGACUCUUGGGUUGUGCAGAAUUUCAAGCACUAAGUGUCAACCUCAGUCUGCAACCUCAGCAAAAAGCCUGUCCCAUCCAGAAGGUGAACAGGAUGCUGGAGAUGCCAACAUGGAUGCUGAAAUGCAGAAGCCAUCUGAGGAGGAUGGCGGAUUGGCCUGCAUCCUCUGUCAGAUAGUUGUAUCCAGUCGUAGUAUGCUAGAGGUGCACCUGAAAUGCCAUAGUGGAGACCAAAGCUUUAGGUGCCCUCGCUGUGGUUGGGAAUCAGAAGACUGGGUUGAUAUGGAGCAGCACUGGAGAGGACAUGGUAAAAGAAAAGGCUCAAAGAGGCAUAAAUGUAGCGUUUGCCCCAGGACAUUUAGGAGAGUUGACUCUCGUGACGCACAUGAGGAAAGGCAUAAUCAGCGGCAUCACGGUCGGUCUGUGUCUGGGGGUCUGGUGCAGUGUUCUCUGUGCCUGGAAUGGUGUCUCUCAGGGAAAGAGUGGGAGAUACACCAACAAUGUCAUUUUCAAGGAGGAUUUAAAUGUUUACAUUGUGAUUUCAAAGAGAAGUCAUGGAAUAAGACCCUGAAGCAUAUUCACACUCAACACAAACUGCUUGACACAAGUCAAAAGAAACAGGCUGUUCACAGUAGAGAAAACCAGCAACUUAACACAUCCACCAGGUAUCCAGAAUGCUUGGGAAGGAUGAAGCCAGAGUCGUGGUCCCACGUUAGGAAGAACAGGGUGAAAAACAGGGUUGUGGCAAGGGAAAAAAGCAAUGAAAGAAUAAAGGACAGAGUGGGACACCUGAAGAGUGACACAUCUGUUGGACUCACUGUCUCUAGACGGAAAGAGUUCUGCUGCAACCUCUGUGACAAGAAGUUUUCUACCAAGAUGACAAUGCGGCGUCACAUGGGCAUUCAUCAAGGAGAUAAACCAUUUAAAUGUCCACACUGCCAUUACUGUGCGCGUCUCAAAGCCUCGCUCAUACAGCACCUCCGCGUACACACAGGUGAGAAGCCAUACAAGUGUUUGCAGUGCUCCUAUGCUUCUAUUGACAGAAGCUCUCUGCGCCGACACUUAAGGACACACACACAAGAAAAGCCUUACCGCUGCCAGUACUGUCCUUACAGCAGCAUCCAGAAGAAGAGCUUAGACCUUCAUUCACGGCGCCAUCACACUGGAGAGUCAUUCCCUUGUCACCUGUGCCAGUAUUCCACACCAGACCGCCAGCUGCUGGUGCGACACAAGAGGAAACAUCACAGUGCUGAACAAACCGCAGCACUGGAGCAGAGGAACUGUUCUGGCUCCCAAACUGCACCUUCUCAAAGAGCACGGACUUCCAAAUGAUAUUUAUGGUUUCUAAUAAAACUUUUAAGUUAAAUUUUA